AUGAUCUAUUGCACAAAACCAGUUGUGGUUUAUUCGGUGAAUGAACUGAAGGAGAAAGGCAACAAGGCCCUCAGCUCUGGCAACACCGCUGAAGCCAUCAAGCACUACUCCGAGGCCAUCCGGUUGGACUCGGCCAACCACGUGCUGUACAGCAACCGCUCGGCUGCUUACGCCAAAAAGGGGGAGUACCACAAGGCCCUGGAAGACGCUUGCAAGACCAUCGAGCUGAAGCCGGAAUGGGGCAAGCUUCCGGAACCUCUUUCAGAGCGGAACCUCAUGAACCCGUUCAACAUGCCCAACCUCUACCAAAAGCUGGAGAGCGACCCUCGCACCAGAAACCUGCUCAGCGACCCAAGUUACCGAGAGCUGAUUGAGCAACUCCGCAACAAACCGUCGGAGCUGGGAACAAAACUGAAGGACCCCCGGGUGAUGACAACACUCGGGGUGCUGCUCGGGGUCGACUUAGCCAGCGCUGACGAUGAAGAUGAAGCCAUGUCUCCCCCUCCUCCUCCACCCCCCAAGAAAGAGCCCAAGGCAGAACCCAUGGAGGAAGACCUGCCAGAAAACAAGAAGAAGGCCCUGAAGGAGAAGGAAUUGGGGAACGAGGCCUACAAAAAGAAAGACUUCGAAAGAGCCUUGGAACAUUACAACAAGGCAAAAGAUUUGGAUCCAACCAACAUGACUUACAUUACUAACCAAGCAGCGGUGUACUUUGAGAAAGGCGAUUACAGCAAGUGCCGAGAACUGUGCAAAGCAGCCAUCGAGGUGGGCCGUGAGAACCGGGAAGAUUAUCGACAGAUUGCCAAAGCUUACGCCCGAAUUGGGAACUCCUACUUCAAGGAAGAAAAGAACAAGGAAGCCAUCCAGUUUUACAACAAGUCUCUGGCUGAGCACCGGACUCCAGAGGUGCUGAAGAAAUGUCAGCAGGCUGAGAAAAUCUUAAAAGAGCAAGAAAAGGAGGCAUACAUCAACCCUGAGCUGGCUUUGGAAGAGAAGAACAAAGGCAACGAGUCUUUCCAGAAAGGGGAUUAUCCACAAGCCAUGAAGCACUACACCGAAGCGAUCAAGCGUAACCCCAGCGAUGCCAAACUGUACAGCAACAGGGCUGCCUGCUACACCAAGUUGCUGGAGUUCCAGCUAGCGCUCAAGGACUGCGAGGAAUGCAUCCGUUUAGAACCCGCGUUCAUCAAAGGCUACACGCGCAAAGCGGCGGCUUUGGAAGCCAUGAAGGACUACACCAAGGCCAUGGACGUCUAUCAGAAAGCCCUGGAGCUGGACGCGAAUUGCAAGGAAGCCGCGGAAGGUUACCAGCGCUGCCUGAUGUCCCAGUACAAUCGCAACGACAACCCCGAGGAUGUGAAGCGCCGGGCCAUGGCCGAUCCUGAGGUGCAGCAGAUCAUGAGCGAUCCAGCCAUGAGGCUGAUCCUGGAGCAGAUGCAGAAAGAUCCACAGGCGCUAAGCGAACACUUGAAAAACCCUGUCAUUGCUCAGAAGAUCCAGAAGCUCAUGGAUGUUGGCUUGAUCGCCAUCCGGUGAUGUUUCUGACCAUACUUUACACUUCUCCCCCCCCCAGUUGAAAAAGGCAGCCUGAUGGACCUCUCCAUGAAAAUCGGUCCAGCGGGGCCAUCUCCUCGCCAAAAGGCAGAGACUCACACAUUUGAGACAAGGCGUCCGCCUCUCGCACACGCGCGUGCUCGUACUAACCAUCCUAUCCGGCACCGGAAUAUCGGCCUUGUCCGUUGUCCAGGCCCGUUGCUCUGUUUCGGUUACCCCCUGUUGUGAGCUGCCAUAUUUUUAUUUUUAUUUUUUGGGGUCUCCCUCUCUUCCCCUUUCCCUUGCAGUUUUUAAUUCAGGCUAUGGGAAGCCUCGUUACUUGUUUUUCCGGUUUUUCGUUCGACUGUGAGGCUGCGGUUUACUUUGGUCUCCUGCACAUCAAAUAAAU